UAAUCAAUUUUUGUCUACUAAGUUUACAUCUGAAACAGAGGAUAGCUAGUCACACAAGAAGUGGUGGUCCAAAAGGUUGUCACCUGGAGAGAUUGCAAGAAGCAAUGAAAUCGCCAGAGACAUGUCUAACCUACGUGGCGCUUUCAGGGCAAAGGAAGCAAAACGUAGAAGAUGCCGAAAGGAUCUUUUCUAAGUCUGUUGCCCAGUAUCUAAGACAAAGAGGUUACACAAACGAGGCUGUUUAUGUGCAAACAGUGUGCAAUUGGCAUGUUGCUUCUGAUGGACGAGGAAUAUCACAGCUUAAACGAUGCAAAUACAAUUAUGAGAUGCUUCAAUAUGUCUUGGAUGAAUUAAUGCCUUGGCAUAGACAGAGUUAUGACUUCAGUUAUCUAGAAGUAAAUCAGCCAGUGAAAGGCAUCAGAGGAUUCAGCCGAGAAACUCUAAUUGCCGUCCUAACCAACAUUGAGAGUCAGGAGUAUCGCCGACGGCAAUCAUCGAAACUACAUGAGAUUCCGGAGCAUCCCAGGGCCUCUUCAAGUGAUGAUGUGGAAUGUUUCUUUUCGAUCCUCCACAAUCAACUUGGACUAAAUUACAGUCUCAAAGCGAUACAAAACCGAUGGAGGGUCAUUUGCAACGAGUUUAUAAAGAGAAUAGACCCCGAUCUGCUAUUCUACUACCACACAAGUGACAAGAACCGUUUCAGAAUACAUGACAUUCCCUGUUUUGACAGUCCCACUAGCGAUAGCAGGGAAAGACUUGAUUUUCUACGGCUACCUCGAAGAGAAGAUGUAGGACAGAUCCUUGUCGGCAGGGCAUCAAUGCCAGUGAGAGGAACUAAAACAAUAAGGCAGCAAUUUCACAGCAAUCCACCUGUAUUACCUCAACCACCACAACUGCCACAACCAGGAAGAGAUUCUACUACUAGUACUUAUUGA